GAAUAGAUUAUAGUAUUAGUAACUUUAACCAUUGAGCACUCGACUUUUGCUUUUGUUUCCACUAUGAUAUAUAGCUUGUUCUUCCAUCAACUUGGUGACUUCCUUACGUAAAUUCUCGACGAAGCAACCCUGACCAUAACCACACUCUCUCAAGUCCCAAGAAAGAACCCUCUCACCUAGCUAGCUAUCAAACUACCGAUUCAUAGCACUCUUCUCUUCCUCACUUAUGCGAAACGCAAACAUGGUUCUCGUUCUCCUUUUCCUUAUGGCAAUCUUCUCCGCCAUGACCACUCCGUCAACCUCCGCGAUCGACACCUUCAUCUUCGGCGGCUGCUCCCAGGCCAAGUUCACGCCGGGUUCCGCCUACGAAAACACCGUCAACUCCCUCCUAACCUCGCUGGUCAACUCUGCGGCCUUCGCCAACUACAACAACUUCACCGUUCCAGCCUCUUCCGACACCGUCUACGGCCUCUUCCAGUGCCGUGGCGACCUCCCCAACGACCAGUGCUCGCGCUGCGUCUCGCGUGCGGUCACCCAGCUCGGCACCCUCUGCUUUGCCUCCUGCGGCGGUGCCUUGCAGCUCGACGGCUGUUUCGUCAAGUACGACAACACCACCUUCAUUGGGGUUGAGGACAAGACCUUGGUCAGCAAGAAAUGUGGGCCGUCCGUUGGGUUGACCUCCGAUGCGCUGAGCCGGAGAGAUGCUGUGCUGGCAUAUUUACAGACGUCCGAUGGGGUUUACAAGACAUUCAGAACGAGCGGUUAUGGGGAUUUCCAGGGUGUGGCGCAGUGCACCGGGGAUUUGAGUCCCAGCCAGUGCCAGGAUUGUCUUUCUGAUUCCAUCCAACGCUUCAAAACCGAUUGCGGGCCCACUACCUGGGCUGAGAUUUACUUGGCCAAGUGCUACGCGCGCUACUCAGAAGCUGGGACUCGCUCGCGUGCUAAUAAUAAUGAUGAUAGCAAUCACAAUGAUGAUGAGAUCGAGAAGACACUCGCUAUUUUAAUUGGACUCAUUGCGGGGGUUGCUCUGAUCAUCGUUUUCCUUUCCUUCUUGUCCAAGGUCUGCGAAAAGCACAAAGGUGGUAAAUAAAGAAUAUAAUAUGUGCACAGUACUGGGAUUGAACUUUUGCCUUUGCUUUUUCUCUGGUAAAUUACUUGUCUUUCGGUAGCUCUUUUGCUACUCUUAGUCUCAUAUGUCCUUUUUGUAAUCAAUCGAUCUUAUUCUUAUCUUUUAAGUUUCCCGCAUAGUCCCCUUUAUAUAAAGAACACCAGCGAAGGUAUAGAUAGAAAUAUAUUAUGGAAAAAAGUUGUUCCAUGAAACAAGUUACACAAGGGUUGCAAUAAGGAGAAAAGCCUCAAAGAUUCCACUCUCUAAUGACCAUUCGUUUUCUUGUCUAGUGUCCACCGAUGUGUACAAAUACUGAACACUUUAGUGAAAGGUGCAGCAUGCAUGCUUUGUUAUAGCCUUUGAUGGUUAUGAUUAAUUAGAGUUUUUACUUACUUUAUA